UCUGGGGCGCUGACGACACAUCCCGCUUGUAUAUAGUUGCGAAGGCAGCUUCGUCUCAGAUAUUGGCUCGCGCUCCUUUACCUGCGUAUUUAUCUGCGUUUUGAGUACUAAAGGCGGAGAAAAUGUCGAAAGGUACCGUGGUCCUGGCGUACAGCGGCGGUCUCGACACGUCCUGCAUCCUGGUGUGGCUCAAGGAACAGGGCUAUGAUGUCAUUGCUUACCUGGCUAAUAUUGGACAGGAGGAAGACUUUGACGCAGCCAGGAAGAAAGCAGAGAAUCUUGGAGCGAAAAAGGUGUUCAUCGAGGACCUGCGUGCUGAGUUUGUAGAAGACUUCAUCUGGACCUCGGUGCAGGCCAACGCCAUCUAUGAGGACCGGUACCUGUUGGGCACCUCCAUCGCCCGGCCCUGCAUCGCCCGUCACCAGGUCCGGAUUGCCCGUCAGGAGGGGGCGCAGUACGUCUCGCAUGGAGCCACUGGGAAGGGCAAUGAUCAAGUACGGUUUGAGCUGACCUGCUACGCCCUGUACCCUGAAGUGAAGAUCAUCUCUCCUUGGAGGAUCCCAGAAUUUUACAACCGUUUCCGGGGCCGAAAGGACCUCAUGGAGUACGCCGAGAAACAUGGCAUUCCUGUCCCGGUCACUCCAAAAGCCCCCUGGAGCAUGGAUGCCAACCUCAUGCACAUCAGCUACGAGUCUGGAAUACUGGAGAACCCCAAGAAUCAUGCUCCUUCUGACCUCUAUCUGAUGACCAAGAACCCUGAAGACUCGCCGAAUACGCCAGACGUGCUGGACAUAGAGUUUAGCAAAGGUGUACCGGUCAAGGUGAGCCACCUGAAAGAAGGAACGUCCAAAGACACGCCGCUGGACAUCUUCAACUACCUGAAUGAAAUAGGAGGAAAGCAUGGAGUCGGCCGAAUCGACAUCGUGGAAAACCGCUUCGUCGGAAUGAAGUCCAGAGGUAUCUACGAGACCCCUGGAGGCACCAUUCUAUAUCACGCUCACCUGGACAUCGAGGCUUUCACCAUGGACAGAGAGGUCAGGCGCAUCAAGCAAGGGCUGGGCAUCAAGUUCGCCGAGCUUUUGUAUAAUGGAUUCUGGUACAGUCCGGAGUGUGAGUAUGUGCGCCACUGCAUUGCUAAGUCUCAGGAGAACGUAGAGGGCAAAGUGCAGCUGUCCGUGUUCAAAGGUCACGUCUACAUCCUGGGCCGGGAAUCACCCAAGUCUCUGUACAACGAAGAGCUUGUCAGCAUGGAUGUUCAGGGAGACUACGAUCCUUCAGACGCCUCCGGCUUCAUCAGGAUCAAUGCGGUCAGGCUCCGAGAGCAUCACAGGUUGCAGGGAGAAAGCCAGUUGAAGUAGUGACACUCCGAGCUUCACCUAAAAUCAGCUUAUACGUCUUAGCAUACUGUUUUUCUGCUUUUAAAUCUUAGAUUACUUUAUAGUAUACUUUAUAUUUUUUUUGUACUGUGGCUUUCUGACGGUUUAUUAAAAACACUGAAACCA